UGUAAACAAUGUACGCGGGUGGAAAUAGUGCCUACACAGAGGUCCAGGCAAGGAAACAGGGAGUCACCUGCGUGGGUCACCGCUAACUGAGCAGACAACUGCCUCGACCAUCGUUCGAGGGAAAAAGCUGCCAGCCAUGGUAUCCCACAGGAAAGUAAGAUGUUUCCACUUACUGGUAAUAUUGGCUGCAUUGGCUGCUGCUCGGGGCCAGUCAUUUGAUGAGCCAGAACAAAGCAAGCAAAACAUCGAGGAGCCGGCAGAGACUGCAGCAAGCGACCCAGGGCAGCGUUCCGCCUACGAUAUAAGCGAGAACGAAAGCGACAAAGAAAGAUCUGGCGAUGAAACGCGACAAAACUCAAUCGCGAGUGGGAACACUGGCGACCCUAGAAUAAAUAUCAUGCAAAGGGAGGCACCCCUGAUCAGGGGCAUCGAGGCCAAGAUUCACGAGGGAAGGGAGACGGAGCGCAACCUGACGGGCAUCCGCGACGCCAUCCGACGGGAGAUGUCCGGCGUCGACGGAACUGAUGGAGCGACACACUUAAGGCGCAUCGAGAUGAAGAAGCGCCUCCACGAGCUUGACCAGCGCAUCGCCGAACUGCGCGCCAAGAAUCAAGAAGCCCAGCAGAGGUUCCGUGGCUUCGUCGGUGCCGUCGACUCCGGCGAUAUCCGAGACGAAAACCAGGCGCGCUCAGCACUGGGCGAGAUCGACCGCUCCUCCGGCACAGCAGUUGCGGGCGCCGCGCGAGCCGGCCGAGGAGUGUACGCGAAAGUGGCGAGCUUCUUCCGCGACAAGGUCGUGGGGGCCGUCGGAGACGUGUUCCACAGACUCCUCGGCUCCAAGUGGCAGUCGCUGAAGGCGGGCGUCAACUUGCUGGCCGGUGUCUAGCUUGAUUGUCGCAAUAAAGCAUUGCUGCGCGGGCACGGUCCUUGUUCUGUAAUUACGU